UUCAGUUGUAAACUCAGCUUUAAAUAUGUGUGUUCAUAGUUUGCAGAAGAUCCUGCAAACAUUGUAAAAUCGCUUAGGAAAAAUACUGUUCAUUAGUGCUUGGGGGGGGAAAACAAAUAAAAAGUCAGCAACAUGAAUGGAGAUCUUUUCCAAGAAUCCAGGUACAUUGAAGAGAACACUUCCCAGAAAGAUGCAAUCUCUCUGAUUUUUUCCCUUAAAGAAGAAGUUGGAGCCUUGGCUAAACUCCUUCGCAUAUUUGAGGAAAAGGGGAUAAACUUGACUCACAUAGAAUCCAGACCUUCCCGGUUGAAUAAAGAUGAAUAUGAAUUUUUCAUUAAUUUGGAGAGCAAGAAUAUUUCUGCCCUUCCAGAUAUCAUCAAGACCUUGAGAGAUGACAUCAGAGCAAAUGUUCAUGAACUUUCACGUGAAAAGAGGAAAGAUGCAGUUCCAUGGUUCCCAAGAACUAUUCAAGAACUGGACAGAUUUGCAAAUCAGAUUCUCAGCUAUGGAGCAGAACUGGAUGCAGACCAUCCUGGUUUCAAAGAUCCAGUUUACCGGGCUAGAAGAAAGGAGUUUGCAGAUAUAGCAUACAACUACAGGCAUGGGCAACCUAUACCCAGGGUGACUUACACUGAGGAAGAGAAGAAGACAUGGGGGAUAGUCUUUAGGGAGCUGAAGACUCUCUACCCUACACAUGCUUGCUAUGAACACAACCAUGUGUUUCCACUCCUGGAAAAAUAUUGUGGCUAUCAAGAGGAUAAUAUUCCCCAGCUUGAAGAUGUCUCAAACUUUUUGAGAAGCUGCACUGGAUUUCGCUUACGGCCCGUGGCUGGUCUUCUUUCAUCUCGAGAUUUUUUGGGUGGCUUGGCUUUUAGAGUAUUUCAUUCUACGCAGUACAUUCGCCAUUCAUCAAAACCAAUGUAUACACCUGAACCUGAUGUUUGCCAUGAACUCUUAGGACAUGUCCCUCUGUUUGCUGACCCUAGUUUUGCUCAGUUUUCUCAAGAGAUUGGAUUGGCUUCUCUGGGAGCUCCAGAUGAUUAUAUUGAGAAACUUGCAACGGUUUACUGGUUCACUGUGGAAUUUGGCCUCUGUAAAGAAGGCAAUGCAGUUAAGGCCUACGGGGCUGGACUGUUGUCAUCAUAUGGUGAACUGCAAUACUCUCUGUCAAAUAAACCUGUCACUGAACCCCUCAUCUUGGAAAAGACUGCAGUUCAAAAAUAUCCAGUUACUGAAUUCCAGCCUAUUUACUAUGUAGCUGAAAGUUUUGAAGACGCAAAACAGAAGUUAAGAAAAUAUGCCUCAACGAUUUCACGUCCAUUUUCAGUCCGUUAUAAUCCAUAUACUGAAAGAAUUGAGGUUUUGGACAAUAUCAAGCAAUUGAAGAAUUUAGCCGAUGCCAUUGGCAAUGAAAUGGAACUUCUUCGCAAUGCUCUCCAGAAGAUAAAGUGAAAGAGAGACUUCUGGGCUUGUCUUGCUUGUUAUUUUUUCUUUUAACCAAGUCAGUUAACAUAUAAUUAACAUAUUACGCACAAUUAACAUAUAAUGCAGAAAAGUAACAAGAUCUAAGAUAAAUCCCUCUCCAGAUUUUGAUAUGAUCAUAUAAAUCUAUACAAAAAUAUUAUAAAUAAUCUAGCUAGGAACUAGUCGUUUCAAACAUGAUUUCUAUUUGAUAGUGUUGGAAAAGCAAAAUGCAGAAAAAUAGUAGAAAAGAUAAGCUUACUCAAUUCAUCUUUUAUAUAAGAGCUAUGCAUUUUUGAAGUGCAUUUAAUCAAGUGCUUUUAUUGUUUCCAAUCCAAUAUAUAUUGGGAAGGUGAUCAAGAAUCUAUAAACAGCGCAACUCUCUGAAAAUGUUAUGGAAGAAGACAAAAGUUGGUGUAGGAGAAGAAAUGGCAAAAGAAAGAGUGAAAUUGAAAGUGGCUGCAUAAGGUCAAGGUUGCACAAAACAUCCCUCUGCACAUUGUUUUUAAAAUCCCAAUGCAUCUCUGGAAAGAAUUUAGGAAGCUACAUUGCAUUCAUACCUUUUGAAGUCUUUAUUAAUUUUACUUUUACUUUCUUACAGUGCUAAUUAUCUAUGAAUCAGAUAUGAAGAUUAUAUUGAUGUUAGAGAUCAAAUAUAAUUGUAUAAUAAUGCCUAACAUGUUAAAGAUAAAUAUUUUAAAUUGAUCAACUGGGAGAAAUGUAAAGUUCCAUAGGUAACCUAUCGGGGAUAAUGGUGACAUGCAAAAGUCCAGCAUGCUGUGCAAAUAUUUUUUUUUCCUUCAAUACUCAUAUCCCACCCAUAACUCUGUCCCAGUUUACACAUUCAACUGAUGUAUUUUUGCUGGUAGAACCAUUUCACUGGCAGGAUAUUUCUUUGCUGCAUAUGUCUGCAAAUUCAUGGUUUGCAGGGGAAAAUCCAAUUUUUACAGCUAUCUUUAAAUGUAUAUAGAUUAUUUACAAUGAUCAUUUGAAGAAGAAUGUACGUUGAUACCCUUAUUCAAAUGAUUCAAAUACUGGCUAACAUAAAGCUAAACAUUUUAAACAACUAUAUUUACAUUUAAGUUCUUUUUAGUAGCUAAUUUGUAGAAAAAAUAACCCAAAUGUUGAUCUUAUUUUUCUUAAACCAAUAUUUAAAAUGUAUAAUUAUUUCAAUACAUACAAUACCUUGGGGGGGGGGGUUUGCAUGGAACCUAAUGGUUUUCCUAAUAGUUAUUCUUUAAAAUUAAUAUAUUCAUUACAAUUGACUUAUAUUUUAAAUUCAUUUUCAGUGAAAUUUGGAUGGUUCAUGUUAAAGUAGGAAUGAUUGUAAUUGAGUUAAUAAAAAGAUUUGUUAAAAUAUA